AUGAGUCUAGAUUGGAAUCCAAAGGCAUAUGUGAAGUUCAAGAAAUGUAUGCAUCACCUUAUUGACGACCACCUUGACACGUCGAAAUGUGCUUCUGGCCAAAGUCCUGCGGUCUUACAAACUGUGCACAACAAGGCUCUCGACGAAUUCCCAGACCUCAAAAACUAUAGCAACCUAUGGCCAGUCAAUGAUAUGAUGAUGACGCGCCUGAAAUACAUGUCCUCUCACACUCGACGAAAAGACGGAGAGAUGGCUUUAGGCAAGAGCAGGAGCAGGAGCACAAAGUGA